GUGACUUGCCUUUAGUAAACACUUCAAAUAUGCUGAGUGUCCCUAACUUUACUGAAUUUACCAAACGCUUUAGCGAUUACUCUGCGUAAUACCCGCGAAUAGUGUUGAUGCCAAGGUAACACAACCCGUUUCAGAAACUCUUGUCACCUGAUGAUCUGAGUCAGCUGCGAUUUUUUGGUUUGUUAUGUUUCCCAGCCAUUCAUUUCACACUGCACAACGUUAGAUUAGUUUUUCAUGCCCUUCGGUCACGAGUUUUAGGCGGGAGGAGAAAAAUAAUUGAUAUCCGAGUCAGGUGAAACUGUGUGUGUCUGCUUGCUGUCGACUGAUCGCAUAUGUCUCGAACAACGAUGUCGUUUGAAGAAGCCAGGGCGAGACUAGAGUCCGCUGGGCAGACCCAUGUUCUGCGAUUUUGGUCUGAGCUGUCUGCGGAGGAGAGGGAGGCGUUUAUGGGCGAGCUGUCCCAGCUGGACGCCGAUGAGCUGAGCCUGCACUGCCGGACUGCUUCCGAGGCUGCGAGGGCGAGUGGAGGCGAGCGGCCGGUUGCACGUAUGGAGCCAGUCCCACCGGAAUUCAUCGGAAGUGUGCGUAAAAGUGGUCAGCAGACACUGAAAGAAUGGGAGGAUGAGGGUUUUUUGCAGAUAGCACAAAACAAAGUGGCUGUCCUGUUAUUGGCUGGAGGUCAAGGAACUCGACUUGGAGUGCCGUAUCCCAAAGGAAUGUAUAACGUUGGAUUACCAACUGGCAAAACCUUGUAUCAGAUUCAGGCAGAGCGGAUCAGGAAAGUGCAAGAGCUAGCAAGUGUGAAAUAUGACUUAAAGUGCACGGUUCCCUGGUAUAUAAUGACCAGUGAGUUCACCCUGGAGCCCACAGAGACGUUCUUUAAAGAGAGCAACUACUUUGGCCUGGACCCAUCUGACGUGGUCAUGUUUGAACAGCGGAUGAUCCCAGCUGUAGACUUUAAUGGGAAGAUUAUGUUGGAGAAGAAGAACAAGCUAGCUAUGGCUCCAGAUGGCAAUGGAGGCCUCUAUCGUGCCCUUGUAGAUAACAAGAUCUUGGAAGACAUGGAGAGGAGAGGAGUGCAAUAUCUUCAUGUGUACUGUGUGGACAACAUCCUGGUUAAAAUGGCUGAUCCUGUCUUCAUUGGUUUCUGUGUGAAGAAUGGAGCAGACUGUGGUGCUAAGGUGGUAGAGAAGGCAUAUCCUACUGAGCCUGUCGGAGUAGUGUGCCGUGUAGAAGGGGUGUACCAGGUGGUGGAGUACAGCGAACUGAAGCCAGAGCUGACAGAGCAGCGCCACCCUGGAGGAGAGCUUGUGUACAGUGCUGGAAACAUUUGCAAUCACUUCUUCACCAGAGACUUCCUACGUGAUGUUGCUCAACAGUUUGAGGGAAAACUAAAGCAGCAUGUGGCCAUUAAGAAGGUACCAUUUGUGGAUGAAGAAGGCAACCUUGUGAAACCUACUAAACCAAACGGAAUCAAAAUGGAGAAAUUUGUCUUUGAUGUCUUUCAGUUUGCAAAGAAAUUUGUUGCUUUUGAGGUUGUGAGAGAAGACGAGUUCUCUCCCCUGAAGAACGCGGAUGGAGCACCUGUGGACACGCCCACCACUGUGAAACGCUCUCUGUUAGCUCAGCACUACCGCUGGGCAGUGCAAGCCGGAGCCCGCUUCCUGGAUGAGGACGAGAAUCCCAUUGAGCCAAAACACAGGGCAGUGCAGGAUGGCGAACUGCCAGUCCUCUGUGAAAUCUCUCCACUUGUGUCCUACUCUGGAGAGGGUUUGGAGGUCUUAAAACAGAAGUUGUUGAAAUCCCCCUUUCUUCUGAAUGAGAAAAAUGUCAUCAGUCUUGUUCAAAACUCAUAAUUAAAUUCCUAGUAUCGACUUUUAAUAUUUUGGGGGAUAAGGGAACUAAAAGCGAUAAAACAUUUUGCCUGAAUUAACAUUGUAUUAUUGAUAUAGUUCAUGCUUUUGAAGGUUGGGCAAUCAUGAAGUGACAGCUUAAUGCUGAUACAUAUCGGUGAAAGAAGACAUUUUUAAAACGAAGGAAUCCUGUGACAUGAAUAAAUUAUGCACAUCACUUUGA